AUGUCAAAUGUACCUGUUUCUGGGGUGUCAGGUUCACACAUAUCACAACAAAAUUUUUUACAUGCUAUUAAUGCAGGAAAUAAUAGUGCAUCUAAUUCUACUACAUCCACUGUCACUAGGGUAGAAAAUUCCAGACCUGUAUUUCCUGACAUGUCAAGAGCAAUGCCUAGUAACCAACCUAGUCAAACUGUGGGAUCUUUAGCAAGUAUUAGGCAACAGAUGGAUGAAAGUCACCAUGAUCUAGUAAACAUGUUAACUCAUCAAAUGGUGACAGUUUUAAAUUCUCUUUUAGAAAACACAAACACUAGAAUUGAACAAUUAAAUAGGCAAGUUAAUAGGAUUGCUACUGUGGUAAAUUUAGAAGAAAAUGAUAACCAGGGUUUAAGACUUGAUAAUGUCAAUCAAAACGGUGGAGCAAUUCCUAAUUAUGAUGUCCAUAUGCCUAGACAUGGUCAAAAUGCUGAUUAUAUGUUAGAAAGACUUAGGCAAAACAACUUAGGGGGACAUUAUAAUCUAGCAAGAAAUGUUGAACAAGUUUUAAACCGUUUGGGAUUUAAUGUUGGUUGCUUAAAUAGGCCAUAUUUUGUGUCUGCUUUUCCUGAAUGUGUCCAACAAGCAGAGCUCCCAAGAGGUUGGAAAAUUCCAAAAUCCCUUACAAAAUUUUCUGGAGAAGAAAAUGAGUCUACAGUAGAGCAUAUUACUCGAUAUACUGUUAAAAUUGGGGAAGCAGCUUCUAAUGAAUAUCUCAAGAUGAGAUACUUUCCUUCUUCUUUAACAAAAAAUGUAUUUACAUGGUUCUCCAACUUGAGACCAAAUUCUAUUCAUUCUUGGGCGUAG